GCGGCCAUUCGCCUUCCUUUGCGUGAUUCCACCCCUCCGAGAUCGGCGGGCAAAAAUCUAUGGUGAUUCUGCGGGGUCGGAGCUGGGGCGCUCGUGGGGCCGCUGCAGCACACAGAGCCGCGCCGGCCGCGAGGGCGGCAGAAGGAGCGACAUGAACGCCCGCCCGCCGCCGCUGCCUCGCGCUACCCCCUGGCGCGCCCUGCCUUGCCCGCGCGCCGAACUCCGCCUCGAUCUGGCGCUCAGCGGCGGGCAAACCUUCCGGUGGUCUGAGACCAAUCCUGGCUACUGGACUGGGGUGCUGGCGGGACGGGUUUGGACCCUCACGCAGUCAGAGGAACAGCUCUGGUACACGCUACAUGAGGAGGAGAAAGAGGAGGUCAGUAAGGAUGAAGACAGUCUCUCUGAGCCGCCGUUGAAGAAAGGCAGGAGGCAGCUGCAUUCGGAGACUGGCCGGGCAGGCGUGAGUGGAGAGCGAAUCCAGGAUGGUUUAGACCCGUCGCAGAUCCUCCAGGAUUAUUUCCAGCUACAUGUCAAUUUAUCUGCACUGUACCAGGGAUGGUCCUACACAGAUGGACACUUCCGAAACAUUGCAGUCAAGUUUCCAGGGGUGCGGGUGCUACGACAGGAUCCCGUGGAGUGCCUGUUCUCUUUCAUUUGCACCUCCAACAACCACCUGUCACGCAUCACCAACAUGAUCCAGCACUUGUGUCAAUCCUUUGGGCGCCGUCUUUGUCAGCUGGACACCAAAACAUACCAUGCCUUCCCUUCCCUGCAGGCCAUGGCAGGUAAGGAUAAAUUCGCCCGGCUGCGUGAGCUGGGUUUCGGGUAUCGGGCGCGGUUCAUAAGCGAGAGCGCCCGUGCUGUUCUGAAGACACUUGGGGGUGCCGCAGGCCUGCAGCACCUGCGCACGGUCUCGUACGAGCAAGCUCGGCACGCCUUGUGCACCCUGCCUGGCGUGGGAGCCAAGGUGGCUGACUGUGUGUGUCUGAUGGCCCUGGACAAGGCUCAGGCGGUCCCUGUGGAUACCCACAUCUGGCAGGUUGCCAAGCGAUACUAUGGCCAAGAGCUCGGCAUGGGGGCCCGCAGCGUGACGGAGCGGGUGCAUCGAGAGAUUGGGAAUUUCUUCCGGAGCUUGUGGGGACCCUAUGCUGGCUGGGCCCAGGCGGUCCUUUUUUGUGCUGAUCUCAAAAAGUACGAGUCUCCGGAUCCAGAUGCCAAAUCCCGGUGUGCCAAACUCACUCAGAGCAGCCCUUCCGUCCUGACAUAAUAACCUCCCUGGCAACCCCAGUAUAGCGUGUGGGUCCAACCAGGCAAGUAAGAAAACUGAUAUGCUCUACAGAACUGGAGCCAUUUAGAAACCUCAGCUCUGAAAACAGGGCCCGGCCUCAGCUGCAGAAGAUGGUUGCCAUGGAGCUAUUUAACUCCUUCAAACUCUGGGUGUUUUUCCCUCCGCCAGGGGGCGUUUGUGGCAUGAGCUUGAUGUGUAGCAGAAAAAAAAAUUAGGUUGCUUUUAUUGUUGUCUCUCAUUUUGGUUUGGCCUUGAUGGUUGGGAGGGGAGGGGGGGAACCCAGCAGUGUUCGAGUGGCAGAGGUUGCCCGGAGGUUCAUUGCAUCCUUAUCAAAGCUAUGGCCAUGACUAGACCUUGGCUCAAAUAAGGACGGCAAACAUUACAGAAAAGCAGCUUCCUGGGCAAAGUAGUUUGAUGUAGACCAUAGGUGUCAAAUUUGCGGCCCUCCAGAUGUUAUGGACUACAGUUCCCAUCAUCCCCUGCCAGCAUCAUGCUGCCGGGGAUGAUGGGAACUGUAGUCCAUAACAUCUGGAGGGCUGCGAGUUUGACACCUGUGAUGUAGACUAAAUGCCCAGCACCAAGGGCUUGGGCCUCCUGGAACAUUGAAUUAAAUUGCUGAGCCGAGCGUGGGCCAUUGGGCAGCCUGUUUGCCGUGAUGAAUUUCGUUUUGACUCCUGAGCUUCUUAAUGUUUCAGUCAAGGUAUGGUUAGAGAAGUAUGCCGCUUUCCUUAUAAGCAAAGCAACGUUUGUUUUCAGGUGAUUCCGCAUUUUAAUGGUUCAUCUCUCUCUUUGUAUGUAAAUGUGUGCGCAUUUACACUUGUGUACCAAGUGCUCUGUAAAGUCCUAUCUAGCACCAGCUUUUACAUGGUGCCAGACAGACGGGGAGGGGUAGGGGUAAAUGUGUGUGAAAAACUAUACCUUCAUGGGGUGCUGUCUGGUUUCCGGGCCGUAUGGCUGUGUUCUAGCAGCAUUCUCUCCUGAUGUUUUGCCUUCUUCUGUGGCUGGCAUCUUCAGAGGA